GCGUGCGUGCGUGCGUGCGUGCGUGCGUGCGGCGGGUGGGGGGAGGGCGGGAGGCCGGACGGCGCGAGCGGCGGCGGCGGCGGCCCGCGGCGGGGCCUGGCGGGGCGCGGGGGGAGGCGGCGCCGCGGCGGAGCUGCCCGCCGCUAUGGAGCCCGACUCGGUGAUCGAGGACAAGACCAUCGAGCUGAUGACAAGUCUGAGAAGGAAACCCCAUUCGAAUCCCCUUUCAUUCUGGAUUGGUGGAUCUGAAGCCCAGAAACAAAGUUUCAGCAUUUAUUUUGCUGUAGCAAACGUACUUUGAUCUUCAGGAGCAGAAUGGAACUGCAUUAUUGAUCACCCUUCUAUGAAUUCAUUGUCCUAUGUAGAAGAACCGUGUGUGUUCUGUGCCAAGGUCUUUGUGGCUAGGCUGCUCCAACCUGGUAGAGAGCAUGUGCGCACUGAGAUGCCUGCAGAGCAUGCCCAGUGUCAGAUGUCUCCAGAACACGUCAGUAAUGGAGGAUCAGAAUGAAGAUGAGUCUCCAAAGAAAAAUACCCUAUGGCAGAUAAGUAAUGGAACUUCAUCUGUGAUUGUCUCAAGAAAAAGACCAUCGGAAGGAAAUUACGAAAAGGAAAAAGACUUGUGUAUUAAAUACUUUGACCAGUGGUCUGAAUCAGAUCAAGUUGAAUUUGUGGAACACCUUAUUUCACGAAUGUGUCACUAUCAGCAUGGACAUAUUAACUCUUACUUGAAGCCCAUGUUACAACGGGACUUCAUCACUGCGUUACCAGAGCAAGGCUUAGAUCACAUAGCGGAAAACAUCCUUUCCUAUCUCGAUGCCAGAUCGCUCUGCGCAGCAGAGCUGGUGUGCAAGGAAUGGCAGAGGGUCAUCUCUGAGGGAAUGCUAUGGAAAAAACUGAUUGAACGAAUGGUACGCACAGAUCCGCUGUGGAAAGGGCUGUCGGAACGAAGGGGUUGGGAUCAGUACCUGUUUAAAAACAGACCAACAGAUGGCCCCCCAAAUUCAUUUUACAGGUCCUUAUACCCAAAGAUAAUACAGGAUAUAGAGACUAUAGAAUCUAACUGGCGAUGUGGGCGACACAAUUUGCAGAGGAUUCAGUGCCGCUCUGAAAAUAGCAAAGGUGUCUACUGUUUACAGUAUGAUGAUGAAAAGAUUAUCAGUGGCCUACGAGAUAACUCCAUUAAGAUUUGGGACAAAACAAGCUUGGAAUGUUUGAAAGUAUUAACAGGACAUACUGGCUCAGUCCUUUGUCUGCAGUAUGAUGAAAGAGUCAUUGUAACUGGAUCCUCAGAUUCUACAGUGAGAGUUUGGGAUGUAAACACAGGCGAAGUUCUGAACACAUUGAUUCACCACAAUGAGGCAGUGCUUCAUUUGAGGUUCAGUAAUGGUUUAAUGGUGACAUGCUCAAAGGACAGAUCCAUUGCUGUUUGGGAUAUGGCAUCACCUACUGACAUCACCCUGCGCCGUGUAUUGGUUGGCCAUCGUGCUGCUGUUAAUGUUGUGGACUUUGAUGACAAGUACAUUGUGUCAGCAUCAGGUGACAGGACCAUUAAAGUCUGGAGUACAAGUACAUGCGAGUUUGUUCGUACUCUAAACGGGCACAAGCGUGGUAUCGCGUGCCUCCAGUACAGGGAUCGACUAGUGGUCAGCGGAUCCUCAGACAAUACUAUUAGGCUAUGGGACAUUGAAUGUGGUGCCUGCUUAAGAGUAUUAGAAGGCCAUGAAGAACUGGUUCGAUGUAUCAGGUUUGACAACAAGAGAAUUGUUAGUGGAGCCUAUGAUGGCAAAAUUAAAGUUUGGGACUUGCAAGCUGCUCUUGACCCUCGUGCCCCAGCAAGUACACUAUGCUUGCGUACAUUAGUGGAACAUUCAGGACGUGUCUUUAGACUCCAGUUUGAUGAAUUUCAGAUCAUUAGUAGUUCCCACGAUGAUACGAUUCUGAUUUGGGAUUUCUUAAAUGUGCCACCCAGUGCCCAGAACGAGACCCGCUCUCCAUCUAGAACAUACACUUACAUCUCCAGAUAACAGUCUGCACUUUACUACCCUCAGAAGGGUUUCACAGUCUUGAACUACUGGAUUUUUGGCUACUACAUGCCUGAAGAUGUUGACUGACAGCUAAAGUCAGAAUUGGUUCUAGAUGCUGUGUAGAUGCAAAGCAGCACAAUCCUAUAUCUAAAUUUCUUAACCUUUCCUGCUCUCAGUGGUCGUCUCUGAAUUUACUGCAAGUUCACUGACUUCGAGUAGAUGAAUCUCAGAAGCCUAUCCUUCCCUGCAAUGAGAAAUCCAAAGCUUCACAUGUAAAUUGUCCGUAGAAACUGAACUCUGAUGGCUUGUUUUUCAGAAAUAAAUCGGAAGUCAAGAAAGGACUUGGCCUAAUUUAUAUUGCUUUGCACUUUUGUCUGACUUUAAAGAAAAAACAUUCUCCAAUGAAAUUUGGGUGCCAAACACAUACCCAGAAUGUACAGAGCUUUGCUUUCAAAGUCACCAUUGUCCUCUAGACUUUACUCUCAUGACAGAUUCAGAGCCUGUUUUGUUUGAUAGGAGUGUACGUUGGACUAUUAGAAAUAUUUCUGAAUUGAUCAGUAAUAUUUUUGGAUUACAGUUUACUGGUUUCUGCACCAAUAAUUUCUUUUAAAUUAAAGAUUACCUGUAAUUCAGGCUAGGUUAUCUAAACUAGUUGUAUAGCACUGUCUUUUCCUUUUAACUGUGCUCUGUACUACAGCCGUCCUAUGCUUCCUAAUGUUUGGUAUAGUAAAACCUUUCCAUGUGUGCUUGCCUCAUUUCAAAUACUGUAUAAGCAUGUAGAUAUAAUGUACAUAACAGUGUAACCUCCAGGUGCUAGGAGUCAGGAUUUCCUGACACUACACACUAAUACAAAAUGUGUUAGCACUUGGCAGCAGGAUGUUCUAACUACUGGCACUGUAGGGGUUAAUAUGAAUUGCCUAGAAAUUUUCUCUGCAAAAGGAGGUUUUCAGUAUUCAUUAGGAUUUUUUUAAUGGGAACCACAUAUUUUAAAAUGUAAUUUCUAAACUUUUUAAAAAUUAAAAAAUGUUUAAUUUAUGUUCUGUAUCUUAUAUUUUGUGCCGCAGUAUUUACAGGUGUCUUUCUUUUAACAGCAGUAGGUUGUUGCAGAUGCCUACUGAUGUCCUCCUUUAGCAUUAGUUUGGCUGUUCAGUGGAGAAGACGCCAUGGGCCAAAGUUAAAUUUAUUUAUGUAUGAUUUGUAACACUUCCUUAAGGUGGAGUGGAGGUCCCUUCAAGUCGAUGCUCUGGUUACCACGCUAGAUUUCUUAUCCAUAGCUACCAGCUGUGACCAUAUCGUGGUGUCCUGGUCAUGGUUUGUCUUCGCUAGCAUGCUUUUAUUAGCAAAUCUCAGUAGUUUCCUCUUGUACAUUGUCAUAGUCUAAUUUAUGUGGUCAUAUUAACGCUACUGCAUUUUUCUUAUGUCAAAACAAGACAUCGAUGAAUGCAAAGUUGAAUAUUUUAUCUUUGUUAGCCAUGUACGACUAUGCCUAUCAGUGGCUUUUCUUUAAUCCUUUGGUUGAACUUGGUGUGAAAUGUGCCCGUUUUCUUGGGCAGGAAGCGUGCAGGCACAGAAAUGUACUGUCCUUCCCUUAUCAUUGUAUGUCAUGUACGUUUGUCCGCUGGCAGCGCUUUCGUGGUUUUGAAUUUUUCCCUUUUAUGAUCAGAACGGCUAAGGAAAGUCCAACUGCCAAGGGUUUAAUCCUGGGUGACCAGUGGAACAGCUCUGGUCAGACGCAUCAUAUCCGUGUCGAGCAAGUUCAGAGAAAGCACCCGUCAGACCUUACUGAAACGUUACAGAAGUGCGACUUAAGGUUUUCUCCUCUUCACCCUUCACGUUGAGAGAGGUGUUGGGAUCAGUGUUUAAGUUAAGAAACUCCCCUUUACGUGUUACUCUAAGGAUAUUUAUUUCAUCAAGAUGACCGAAUGUGAUGAAGUACAGAAGAUUAAAAACACGCUCCUGAGCGUCCAUAAGAUCACUUCUUGGUAAGCUCGACAGUAGUUUGUGAAAGUGUCUUACUUUACCCUUCUCAUCUACUAGCUUUAAUAUUAAACUGUUUAAAAAGAAUCCGUUGCAGCCCUGAAGAAAAAGGUUUUUGUUUAUGAAGAAUGGAGUCCUUUUUUUCUUUUUUUUCUUUUUUUUUUUUCUUUUUGGUGCAUGUGUAAGAUUUAAAUUCCUGUUUUUCCUUGGGAGAUAAUGGUAUUUGAACAUGCAGUCUAAACUUCUUUGUGCUUUGUGUAACAUAGCAGUGGACUUUUGUGAUUGGCACCCAAGGAACGUGACUCCUGGGAUUAAUGGUAGUGAUCCUGGCUGCACUCUGGACUUCGUUUUGCUAACCAUAACUGAGCAACUGUACAUUACUGCUAUAUUAAUGUUUCAAAGCACUGGGAUAGUCUAAUUCUAACUUGUAAUUAUGUUUGCCAAUUAUCUGUUUGGAAAGUUGGUGUAUGAACAGCUUAUUGAAACUGUUAAAUUGUACAGAUAUCGUUCAUGAUCUAAAGCUUUGUACUGUGGAAUGUGCUUAAUAAAAAAGAAAGUUUGAACUUAA